AUGUUUUACGCGUCAUGGUUCCGUCACCGUGCCGUCCGAUAUUCCCCAGUGGUUGUACGGUCGGGUGGACGUCGUCAACGUCCUGACAUGUUUCUGUACAGGUGUAAGCAAUGUUACUUUGAAGAGGUGAACAAGCUGGCGAUGCCUCUGCACUGGUACCAGCACCUGUUUUGCCACUGGCAAUCGGAUCGCAGGGAGUUGUGA